AGCAGCAGUGAGAUGAUGACAUGGCUGUUAGCAAUCGCUUUGAGCAUUGUAGUUCCAGCAUCGUCGGAUGAAACAAUUGCACAAAAUGAUUUUCGUUUCAUUUCAUAUCAUGAUUUAUUGGCGACAUCGAGUCGAUUCGCUGAACACAACGUGACGACAUUUUCGCGCCUUCUGUUUGAUGUCAGUAGAAACUCUUUAAUUGUGGGAGCAAGGAAAGUUUCAACCCAGUUGGAAAUUUAUUUUCACUUUUCAUGUUAA